AUGCUCUUCAUUAUUAUCUUUUGGUGGUUUGGAUGGACGGCGGCUGCGAGCGCCGAAACGGCUUGCCGAACCUUCAAUGGAAGCUUUAACAACCAGAGGUUCCCAGACUGGGGCUCGAAAAGUUCCUCAUUUGCCCGGAUACAAGCACCCCUGCAGUACUCUGAUGGACUUGCUGCACCCUACGGGAUGUCUCUCCCAAGCCCACGCAAAAUCUCAAACAUUAUGGGAUCCAAGACGAAGGCUAAUGAGGAUAAAGUUCCAGAUAUGUUAGCCUAUUUCGGGCAGUUCCUCGCUCAUGAUAGCUUACGUGGACAUGGUAACAACACUGAUCGAUAUGAUAUACCGGUGCCUUGCAAUGAUCCACACUUUGAUCCCUACAAUACCUGCAACGCAUCCAUACCCUUUGGACGUCUACAGCACAUUGUAAAUUCAACAACUGGUCAACGCAUCGUGCAGAACUGGCAAACAGCCUGGAUAGAUGCUUCCCAAGUUUAUGGGCCAGAUGAAGAGCGUUGUAGGUUGUUGCGCAAGUUUACAAGGGGAAUGCUACGAACUUCGUUGGAUGGGUUGUUCUUGCCUACUGUUCCUGUAUCACCGCCGGAUCUGAUGUUGGGGAUAUCGCCUCUGGUCUAUCUGGCAGGUGAUUACAGAGCCAACGACAACCCUGGCCUUCUUUCUCUCCAUACCCUCUUCGUGCGCGAACAUAACCGACGGGCAGCGUACUAUGCAAAAAAGAAUCCAGAUGCCAAUGACGAGACACUUUUUCAAAUGACACGAAGGUGGGUUAUUGCUUGUCUUCAAAAGAUUGCUUACAAAGAGUAUCUUCCGCGCUUACUUGGCGAACCGCUGCCAAAAUACCGCGGAUAUGAUGAUAGUGUUGACCCAGGCAUUGACGCGUUCUUCUUCGCCGCGUCCUUUCGAUAUGGGCAUAGCGCUAUAAACUCCCUUAUUCUCCGGCUCGACAACAACUGGGAGGAGAUCCCCUCCGGUCACAUCCUUCUACGAGAAGCCAUCACCAACCCUAAUCCAGUCUUGGAGGAUGGCAUUGAGCCCAUUUUGCGUGGACUGGUCGCGCAGCUGGAGCAAAAAACAGAUGUCUGCGUGGUUAGCGACCUUCGAAAUUACAUGCCUUUACAGCCUUUCAUGCCUGAUCAGAGGAAAUUCUUCGAUCUCGGGGCAGUUAAUAUACAACGUGGGCGGGAAAUUGGAUUGCCUAGCUACAAUCAAGUGCGAAAAGCAUUGGGUUUAACAGAAGCCUACACGUUCCGGGAUAUUACUUCAAAUCCAGUAGUCCAAGAGCAACUGGUUACAGCUUACGACAAUGACGUGAAUUUGGUGGAUCCAUAUGUCGGCGGCCUAGCCGAAGAUAGUCACGACUCCUCUGUUCUCGGUGAACUCUUUCAGAAGAGCGUGAUAGAACAAUAUAUCAGACUACGAGACGGUGAUGCAUUUUGGUACGAGCGCGAUGGAAUUCUUAGCGCGGACGACAUUGCGGACCUCGAGUCCGUCACUUUAUCGAAUUUAAUUUUGUGGAAUACCGAUAUAAAGAGUUUUCCCGUUAAUGCCUUCUCCAUCGUGACGACCAAUAUGAUCAGUUCGUUUCUUGCCAAGAAUACAAGUACCCAAACAGAAGCUCGGGGAACGAUCACGGGUUCUAUUCCACAGACAGUUCAGUUGACGGAUGGACUGGCAUUAACGUAUUUGAUACACAUCGACGCGCAAACGGUGGAUUUUGUUUUGGAAUCGAAUCAUAGUGGCUGGUUUGCAAUCGGAUUGGGAACGUCCAUGAUGGAUGCGGAUAUAAUGGCAGUAUUUGAUCGAGGCGACGGGACCUGGGUUGUCGAGGAUUUACGGAGUACCAUUCACGAUCAGCCCUCAUUAGAUACGUCUCGUGGCUGUACCAACGACUUGACGCAAGUAGCCGACGUAUCAUCCACACGCUUUUCUACCCGUGCUUUCUCGUGGACACGUAAACUUGUUACUGGAGAUUCCUGUGAUUACCCUAUUUCAGAUAGUUUCAUGAAUAUCAUCUACGCAUAUUCGACGUCCCCGACGUUAACAUACCAUGGUGGAACAAAAUGGAGUGGAACGUUGAACUUUUUCUCCGGAGUUGGGACGGGACGAACAGGAGGUUUGAUCAACACGACAAGCACGGCGUCGACUUUUGCUGUUUUGUUUCAUGCCUGUGACAUGUUAUUCAUGACGAUGGUAGCCAUCCCGUUGGGCAUAUAUAUUGCGCGAUAUGGAACCCGGAUUGAUUUAUGGCUUCCGCUUCACCAGUAUCUGAUGGCGGCCGUUCUUAGUGAAUUUGCAUUCACACUUCGGGCAGCUUUCUCCCAAGUCGGAGGAUUCAAUUGGCAACAUGCACCGUUUCUGCACGUCGAAGUCGGGCAAUGCGUUGCGGGUGUCGGACUGACGAUCGGUGUAGCCGGAUGGUUGGUCGCGCAAGACUUUAAGAUCAUGUCAAGGUGGUCGUUGUGGAUUCGACGAUAUCAUCGUUACUGUGGGUUAGCACUAUACCUUUGUGCUAUCUUCAACGGAUGGUUGGGUAUUGCCGAUCUAGCUGCCCGUUACAAUUCUACAAGUAAUCUGUGGCCCAUGCUUUACAUUGGAUACUUUGGCCUCCUUUUCCUGAUCUUCUUCGGGGUCCGACAAGUCGAUCACAUCUGGCAUCGGAUCCUUCGAGGUAUUGACACGCUGAGCGGCAAAGUGCUUGAAAGAAAUGUCCCCCAUGGUGGAGCAGGGGCAACAGUCCGAUUCAUGGAUGAUGCCCUCAUAAAACAACCAGAGCAAGAGAUGACAUUAGAGAGUUUUAUUAAGAAUUGUCAGGAAGGGCAGUCCUGGACAAUCAUUUCAGGGAUGGUCAUCGAUGUCAGUCGCUACAUGGACCAACACCCUGGAGGCGUAGCAGCGUUAAGAUCUGUCAUUGGCAAGGAUGCAACGAAUGUCUUCCAGGGCAAAGAAAAAUUCAAAUUGAGUGACGGAGUGCACUAUAGCAUGUACACGCAUAGUCGUUUCGCAAUGAACAAAGUAAGCCACUACGUGAUUGCCAAAAUAUACGACCCAAAUUUCCCGCAAUCCAGAGCGUCUGGCGUACCAUCCGGAAAAAGCUCACAUUCGAUAACUAUCAGUAGUGCCUCUCGUCGCCGGGGAUCGCUGCGGCCAAGGGAUGUAGAGUUCGGACUUCACUCAAUAACCUCUACUGGUUCACAUUCUGCAUCUACCUCUGGCUUGCGCGCCGCAUCUACCUCGUUCUCUGUGUCUGCUGCUGGUACUGGCCCAUACCCUUCACCUUUGCCGCUGAACGUGGGCUGGAGACCCCUUACCCAAGUCUUCAACCAAGACGAGAAAACAAGCCAAGCAGAAACAACGACUCACAUCAUGAAGACUGCGCUUCUGGAGGCCGAAAAUAAUACACAAUUGGAAGGUAUACUGUCUCAAGAGGACGAACCAGUUGGGAAACAAAGACUUGCUAUCUUGGUCGAGAAAGAAACAGUGACAGGAUUAAGAGCAAGAAAUCCGAUUCGAAAAUUCAGAUUUAGUCUUAAUGCUGGAGACAGGAUGGACAUUUUACCCGGGGAUGCAAUAUCCGUGAGUCUGCCGACUCCGGCGGGUGGGACUGUUGAGCGGAACUAUACACCGGUGCGAUGUGCCUUACCGGGUCACUUUGACGCUUAUAUCAAGAUAUAUACCAAUGGUGCUAUGACGCCGCUAUUGGAUGAGUUGAAAGUUGCCGCACCUAUCAAGAUUCGCGGCCCGAUACAGCAUUACGUCGACCCGCUGCUUAAAAACUCCGCGAGCGGAUGUUACGGGUCUCUGGUUAUGCUUGCAGCUGGCACUGGAAUUGUACCUAUGGUCCAGCUCAUCGAUUAUUACCUUCGCCAUUGCCCACGAGAAAACAGCCAGCCCGGUAGCCCACUCGCAUCCGCUUUGAGGUUAAUAUGGUGUAACAACUGCGAGGAUGAUCUCUUUCUCACCUCCGAACUCAAGUCUAUGGAAUCGGCAAGCGGGGGAUCGCUAAAAGUCAUCCGCGUCCUAUCUGCCCCAGCACCAGAUUGGGAAGGUCAUACUGGACGGAUUACCGCUGAGAUGAUAAGAGAAGCCCUUCCCAAGACGUUGCCAACGCUGGAAUCAUUGUUCGACCAGGAUGAAGAGUCGGACUUGUUGGUCACUGUAUGUGGGCCGCCUCCUUUUACAGACUUUGCUAUCCAAACACUGGAAUCUUUGGGGGUGUUGGCGGUGAAUGUUCGGUUGCUAUAAAUAAGGAACCAAGACUUGUGCUAUGUUAUCUCCUAGAAUAUAGAAGAGUUCCGGCUUUGGUAGAACAAGUCGUUCAGUGUGACAAGCGAUUAGAACUAUUGCCUCCUUUAAUGAUAUAUAGAGUUUGAUUUGUAAAAUGUGGAAUCAAAGAGGCAUCUAGAAAACAUCUAGCUCAUCUGUCCCG